AAGAUGUCGUCUUUGGCAAUGAAAGCCAGUUGUCGGGACAAAAGAGGGAGUUUCUUUAAGCUCAUUGACACAAUUGCCUCAGAAAUCGGAGAACUGAAACAGGAGAUGGUACAGACAGAUCUCACAGUGGAAGAUGAAUCUGCUGAUUUGCGAAGGCUAGUAAAGGACAUGGGUAAUGCCUGUCCUGAGAAAAAGGAUGUCAAAAGCUGCCCCCGGGACUCUGGAUAUGACAGCCUAUCCAACAAGCUAAGCAUACUGGACAAGCUCCUCCAUACUCACCCUGUGUGGCUGCAGCUGGGUCUGAAUGAUGCUGAAGCCAUGGAAAUUCUGCAGGCCCAGCCUCCUGGGAUAUUUCUGGUUAGGAAAUCUGCAAGACUGCAGAAGAAAGUAAUCUCUCUUCGCCUGCCCAGUGACUGUGGGUCUUGCCUAAAAGAAUUUGCAAUAAAAGAAAGCACAUACACAUUUUCCUUGGAGGGGUCUGGAAUAAGUUUUGCUGAUUUAUUCAGGCUCAUUGCUUUCUACUGCAUUAGCAGGGAUGUCCUUCCAUUCACCCUGAAAUUGCCUCAUGCUAUUGCUGCAGCAAAGACAGAAGUUGAACUUGAAGAGAUUGCUCAGCUUGGACUGAACUUCUGGAGCUCCCCAGCCAACAGCAGCCCCCUGGAUCCUUCACCUCCUCGCAGGCCUCUGCCUUCAGAUGGUGCUUGUAGAGACUCACGCCAGCUCUGCCUUAUAAAUGGAGUGCAUUCUAUACGGACCAGAACGCCCUCGGAGCUGGAGUGCAGCCAGACCAACGGAGCGCUGUGCUUCAUUAAUCCCCUCUUCUUGAAAGUGCACAGCCAGGAUGUCAGUGGAAGUCUGAAAAGGCAGAGCCCGAGAACUCCAGACGUGAAUGGCACAGCGAGGCCUCGCUCCCCGCCGCCCCGGCCACCACCUCCUUCUAUUAAUAGCAUCCUCACGAGUCCACAGCUUUCCAGGACUAUAAAGCAGACAAGCAUGCCAGAAACAGUCAACCACAAGAAAGAGAGAGGCUUGGAUUUGCUGCAGAGUAAACCAACCCCUAUUCCGCCUCCUCGGCUGAAGAAGCAGGCUGCUUGCUCGGACGUGGAAGGUGGAAGCUCAAAGACUGCAGGGAUCACUCGACCUGGCUGCAGCUCAGUGCCUGUGCCUGAAGCUGCUGGCAUUCCAGGUGAAACCCUGCCUGAGCCUGCUCCAGCAGCUGCCAAAAAGACGGUAGCUGCCAGCUCUGAGUCACACAUACCGUGGAAUGGAGGCAGGCAGAGGCUGAGCGACAUGAGCAUUUCCACCUCCUCAUCUGACUCGCUGGACUUCGACCGGAGCAUGCCGCUGUUCGGCUAUGAGGGGGACACCAACAGCAGCCUGGAGGAUUUUGAGGGGGAAAGUGACCAAGAGAGCAUGGCACCCCCUUUGAAGCCCAAGAAGAAAAGAAACAGUUCAUUUGUUCUCCCCAAGAUUGUGAAAUCUCAGCUACGGAAAGUCAGUGGGGUUUUCAGUUCCUUCAUGACUCCUGAAAAGAGGAUGAUUAAGAAAAUUGCAGAGAUGUCCCGGGACAAACGCACUUAUUUUGGAUGCCUAGUGCAGGACUAUGUCAGCUUUCUGCAGGAAAACAAGGAGUGCCAUGUUUCAAGCACUGAUAUGCUGCAAACCAUCCGGCAGUUCAUGACCCAAGUCAAGAACUAUUUGUCCCAAAGCUCUGAACUUGAUCCCCCAAUCGAAUCACUGAUUCCUGAGGACCAAAUAGAUGUUGUCCUGGAGAAGGCCAUGCACAAGUGCAUUCUGAAGCCAUUGAAGGGCCACAUUGAAGCAAUGUUGAAAGAGUUUCACACUGCAGAUGGUUCUUGGAAACAGCUAAAGGAAAACCUGCAGUUGGUGCGGCAGAGGAAUCCUCAGGAACUGGGUGUGUUUGUUCCAACACCAGACUUUGUGGACGUUGAAAAGAUUAAAGUCAAGUUCAUGACCAUGCAGAAAAUGUAUUCACCUGAAAAGAAAGUCAUGCUGCUGCUGAGAGUUUGCAAACUGAUUUACACUGUUAUGGAGAAUAACUCAGGGAGGCUGUAUGGAGCUGAUGACUUCUUGCCUGUGCUGACAUAUGUCUUAGCCCAGUGUGAUAUGCUGGAGCUGGAUACUGAAAUUGAAUACAUGAUGGAAUUGCUGGAUCCAUCUUUGUUGCAUGGAGAAGGAGGCUAUUACCUGACAAGUGCUUAUGGAGCCCUUUCACUGAUCAAGAACUUCCAGGAGGAGCAAGCUGCCCGACUGCUGAGCUCAGAAGCCAGAGAUACUCUCCGGCAGUGGCACAAGAGGAGGACAACUAACAGGACGAUACCUUCAGUUGAUGAUUUUCAGAACUACCUUCGUGUUGCAUUCCAGGAAGUUAACAGUGGAUGUACAGGGAAGACCUUGCUAGUAAGACCAUAUAUCACUACUGAAGAUGUAUGUCAGCUUUGUGCUGAAAAGUUUAAAGUGGACAAUCCAGAAGAAUACAGCCUGUUCCUGUUUGUGGAUGACACCUGGCAGCAACUGACAGAAGAUACCUACCCUCAGAAGAUUAAGGCAGAGUUGCACAGCCGCCCACAGCCCCAGGUGUUCCACUUUGUCUACAAGCGCAUUAACAGUGAUCCCUAUGGUGCCAUUUUUCAAAACAACGAGUCGUCUUAAAACCAGCAGCUCAUCCUUUAAUUUCUGUUCCUUCUGAACUGUUUAAAACAUCUCUGUUGGCUGCCCUCCUUAGGAGCUAAACCAGGUCUUAAACCACAAGUGCCUACAAAACACAUGCAGACACCUGCAGCGUUGCUCACA